GAAUAUAUUCACCGAGCGGGUCGGUUAAUGCUCUGUUGUCGUUACUGCAGUCUGUUGAGCUUGAGAUGUGAUAUUUAAAUGUUAUGUAAGUUAAGACUUGUCUAGUUAGCUGGCGAUCUCAGACUACCCAGCUAGCGUUACUUUAGCUCGAUCGUCCGACCUGUCACUUCCGUGUUCUCUGGGAGGUUUUAGUCCUGUCCUAGUUGAUUUGUUUGGUUUGCUUAAAGCCAUAUCGACGUGCCUGUGGAUACAUUUUAUUGUGUUUAUCAGGCAGCGUGUCGCCAUGACGCAGAGAAAGAGGCUGUCCAACACUCCGAGCUCCUCUCAAAGCGGAAGGCAGCCCAGCACCGUACUGCCUCAGGAAGACGACGAUGAAGCAACCUUCACUCAGCCAAGUACGUCUCAGGUCCAAAGAGGGCUGGAGAAGCUCACACCUGCACAGGUUGACCAAAAGACAGCUGAGGUGGUGCAGUUUUUCUUGGUGAAGGACCAGAAGAAGAUUCCCGUUCGCCGAGCAGACCUUGUGAAACAUGUGGUGAAGGAGUACAGAAACAUCUACCCUGAGAUCCUGAAGAGGGCUGCACGUACAUUCGACCAGGUGUUUGGCCUCAAACUGGUUGAAAUCGAUGCCAAAAAUCACACGUACAUACUGAUCAAUAAGUUGGAGGCAGCGGAGAGAGCCUCACCCAUCAACAGCCCCACCAAUCCAAAGAUGGGUCUGCUGUUUGUCAUCCUCAGUGUUAUUUUCAUGAAAGGAGGCGUCGUCAGAGAAAACCUCAUCUGGAGUACUCUGAAGAAGCUUCGCGUUGACCCCGGAGAGCGACAUGAAGAGUUCGGGGACGUGAAGAGGGUGGUCACUGACGAAUUUGUGCGCCAAAGAUACCUGGAGUAUGUGCGAAUCCCUCACACAGAGCCAAUAGAGCAUGAAUUUCGAUGGGGUCAACGGGCUGAAGUGGAAGUGUCGAAAGCCAAAAUCCUUGAGUUCAUGGGUCAGCUUCAUGAACAGGACCCUCAGAGCUGGAGCCAGCAGUACAGAGAAGCCCACUCCACCUCCAGCUCCCAGGCCAGCACCAGCAGCCACAGAUAACUGGCCCAGUAUCACAGGGUCUUUCCGUUCAUUUUAUUUAUUUUGGCAGCAGUGCCUCAUUUUUCUUUUUAAAUGUGUUUUUGUGUUCUCUGUGAAGACAAACAAUUACAAUACAAAACAUAAAAGAAAGCCAAACAGCUGAACUAGUCAGAUAUGCCUUGUCAUUUUAUUGCCUGGGCUUUCAGGUAACAUUUGUUAAAGUUCAGAAAAUAAAACCUUUUCUAAAUAAACGUCAGUGAUUGCAUUGA